UAUUUUUUAGAAAUCAGUUAUAAUAUCUCUCUGAAGACUCCUUCCUCACCAUCACCAAACCACAUAUUCAUGCUUUCUAUUCUUUGCGUGAGGACACCAAAACCUAAUCUCUCGAAGCAUCGUGUUCGCUAUUCACCGAACUACAUCUUCUUCGCUGCCUCGAGUGUCGCCUUAACCACCAAAUCUCAUCUUUCACUAGGUUUUCCUUAUCUUUUAUCUUUUGACCGAUUGUUUUGCUUUUUUUUUCAUUUUUCACCGAUUGAGAUCAGUUUUUAUCUGUUUACAUCUAUUAAAUCUCGUUUCAACCUUUUCUACCGAUUAAAUCCUUUCCGAAUCCUAGAAUCUCCUCCGAACAAAUCUUCGAAUUUAGGAUUAGCCUUUGAUUUCACCGUCUUCCGCUGUUGCACCACAUCGUUGCGUGCACCUUCACGGGCAACACGGAAACAGAGAAUGGACGCGAUUGAGAGCGAUAACGCGUGUGGCAACAGGAGCAAAAGAAGACGGAGACACCUCCUACUUGUUGGAGAUGUGGAAGAAGGCGGUGGAGAGAGAGCGGAAGAACGCGAACUUCAAGACAAUUUGGAGAAGAACACCAGCGAGUUCAACAAGCUUCUCCAAAUCCCUUCCGAAGAGCGCGACCGCGUUGCUUGUUGUCCAAAUCGAAGAAUGGAAGAACCACAUAAGCAAGAAUGAACGUAAAAGAAGAAAUAUUGAGCAAAGAUUGAUGAUGCCGCUAGGGUGCAACUGAGCCCCAUUCUUCUCUAGAAUGUGGUAGCUAGGGUGCAGCUGAGCAGUGGCAAUGUUGAAGUCGACUGUGUGCGCCACACACUCGACUAUAUUAGUUGUUUGCUUUGAAAUUAUGUUUUGCUCAUGAACACUAACGUUCAAAAGUUAGUUAAGCAUUGAAUAGUAGGUCAACUGUAUUAAAGGAGAUUUUAUUUUGGUUGACUGAAUGCUAUUGGUCUAACUUAUCAGUUAUAACUGUCAUAAUCUAGUCGGCUAAAUUAGUAGCUUAUUCGACUAUGAGAAUAUUUGUUUAACAUAAUUCUAUAAAUAGUCAAAACACGAAUUUGUUCUAAGAUUUUUGGGCAAUUUGAUCUAACACUUUCAGAUUCUGUUUUAGAUUAAUUCUCAGAGAUUAUAGAGCACCAAGAAUUCUCCAAGAAGACGGUAGUGAUCUUUUUUGAAAGAGAUUCAAAGGGAGACUAACUGCGCACACAUUGCUUGAUCACAUGUCUGCACAUUGGGAUCAAGAUUAUUGUUAACAUCCAUUGGUGAUUGUUGUUGUGACCUGUUGUGAUUACAAGGGAUAGACUCGUGGAGUCUGGUUCACUUUGAGGACUAUUCAAAAUGGUUGACAGAUUGCAGGAGAGGGGGCAUCUUACUACAAGUCUUGGUGUGUUGUAUUGGCUAUAUUUUGGUUAGAGGGUUAAAGAGGAGAUUUAUAUUUUUGACUGGAGGUC